AUGUCGGACAUGAUUAUGACCCUGCAUCCCCAGCGAGAUGCGUCGAACAACCAGAGAAUGCGACUGGAUGUAACGACAAGGCAGAAUUUGAAGAGAUGCUGUUCCGGACGCUAUCUUGAGUUGGGGGCGCAAAUCUCCGAAGCCAACCUCAACCUCCGCAUUAGGGUCUCGCACUAUCGACCACCGAUUCAACAGACCCUCAAGUCCGGCCCGCUUCUAGCCGUGCUAAGUGGUUGCUUGACUGGAAUCACCGUAGCCGCUCCGGUGGGCGUUGGCAAGGUCGAAAUCAUCGAGCGCGACGAUAGCUUGAGCGCCCGGUCCACCAGUGCAACGGUCACUGUAAGCGGGCUUGCAGUCUCGGCCAUCAACAACAAUGACGGUAAAGGAGCUGGUAAAGACUCCUAUACCAUGUAUACCGGGGAUGGUUCGACCGGGGCCGGUUGGCCUGACAAGUCUGACUGGGUGUCCUUCGAGAAUAUGUGGAGUGCCAAUAAGGCCACCAUCGGCAAAUCCUGCGCUCAGUUCGGGGUGGCCGAUAACUCGGCUACGGAAACCCAGGAGUUGUACGAUGCUAUCCAGGAGGUGGCAACCAGCUCCAAAGUGGACCACCGCUUCAUCCUGGCGGUUGUGAUGCAAGAAUCCAAGGGCUGCGUGCGCGCGCCCACCUCCACGUACAGUGUCAGCAACCCCGGGCUCAUGCAAAGCUACCAGGGCACCGGUACGUGCAACAACGGGGGCAAGGUGCAGAAUCCUUGUCCCAAGACGGAGAUUGUGCAGAUGAUUAAGGACGGAGCGAUCGGAACUAGCGAUGCGGAUGGGUUCGGACUCGCGACUCUGCUGGAUAAGUCUGCCCGCACCAAUGCAGCAGGCUUCUAUCGAGCAGCCCGGAUGUACAAUUCAGGUGCUUGGUCCAUUCCGAGUUCUGGUAAUUUGAGCGGAGCUGGAGCGACUUCUUGCUAUGCUUCUGACAUUGCCAAUCGGUUGACCGGUUGGACCACCGACCAGUGCGGCCUGGUGCGCAUCUCACCCCGACAUGCCCUAUACAUCUCCACCUCGGGUCCUCCACGGUGCCCCGGCCGCCCCGUCGUGCUCUUCUUCACCGGGGGAGGCGCCCCCAGUGCGCUCUAUCUGCGCCUGCAACGUCUGCUAUCCGUCCACUACCGUGUCUACUUCCACGAUCGAGCAGGCUACGGGGACUCGGAAAUUGAUCCGGGGGAUGCCCCCCAACCGGAUGCCGCCGAGGACACAGUAGUGACGGCUCAGAGCGCCGCGAGGGAACUGCGGGAGUUGCUCACCGUGAUUGACGUGGCGCCCCCUUAUAUCCUCGUCAGCCACUCGUAUGGCUCCAUCUGUGCCCGGGCUUUCGUGGGACUUUUUGAGCCUGUGCAGCCCUCCAUCGCAGGAAUGGUGCUGGCCGAAUCGGCGACCGAGCUGAUGUUCGAUCUCUUCCAACCCUCCGUCCCGCCACCGGCGUUUGCGGCCAUAGCACAAGGCGUCGACUACGAGGCUGUGACGCACGAGAGGGAGCGACUGGGGUUGACGGAGGAAGAGUUGGAAUAUGUGGGCAAGCAGCUUCAGAAGAGCGCCCGUGGCAGUGCCCUGGAGAACCCCAGGCUGAGUGCCAGGCAGCUGCUCAGGGAGCAGCAGUUUGCCCGGCAGGUACUCGGUGAUGCGCCCGUCAGUGUCAUCUGCGCGGACUUUACCAAGGACUUUCGAUUGAUCUACGACGAGGGGGUACGUCUGGGUCAUGGGACGGAGGCGGAGAGACGGGAAUGUAGUCAAUUCUUCGAGCGAGCGCAAUUGUUCAAUGAUGAGCUCCGAGCGGGCGAGCUCCGGCUGUCGAGCUGUAAUCGAUAUAGAAAAGUGCUCGAGGAGAGUCACAGUCUGCCGAUUACGCGACCGGAAAUUCUGGUGGAUGAAGUGCGGUGGGUUAUGGAUCGGUGGGCUACGAGAGCAAUUGCCUAA